AUGGAGACUAACUCCACGGAGUUAAAUACUUCGUUUCUGUGUGAAAACAACGUGGUGUGCGGAACACAGAGCCAGCUACCGGGAUGUAUACUGGAUUCUGACAGUCAGUUCAUAGCGGGACUUAUAAUAUGUACCGUUGGAAUUUUCGGCAACUCAGCAUUCAUGUUUGUUGUUUUGCGAAUACCAUAUAUGCGUACAGCUAUUAACGCUUUCUUGGUGAACCUGGCCAUAGCGGAUCUGCUACACUUAGUCGGACACUGGUUUACCUGGAUCUGCGCCUUGCUGGAAGUAAAACAGUGCCCUAUGAAGACAAGUAUGCCUUUGAUUUGCAUGGACCUUUUUAUGUCAAAAGUUACACAGUAUGUUUCUCUUUUUACCGUUACCGUGCUCAGUAUUGACAGGUAUAUGGCAUUAUGUAAACCUCUAAUGUAUCGAGACGGAAUCCUCCAUAAACGCAAAAGGGUCGCUUUAGUGAUCAUUACAGUCUGGAGCCUUGGUGUCUUACUGAGCCUCGAAUGGUUAGUAUCCUGUCUGAAUUUCAACCCGCUACUCUAUGCGUUACCAGAGCUUAUUUGA